GAACUAUAGAAUAAAUCAAUAAUGGUCCAACACAGCAUCCCUGGACGCCAUGAGAUUUUAGUAGUGGAGUGGAGGGUAAGAAUGCAACGGUUAGGGGUUUAAGUAUGAAGAAGCCCCUCCAAUAAUGCUGGAGGGAAGCCAGAGGAAAAAUGGUGUAACUUUAUUAGUUGUCGUUUGAUUGUCGUGAAAUGUGGACCCAUUUCUCUCCCAUAUCCGAUACAUUAACAAUUAAAGUGCAAUGCGUGGUCUUGUAUAUGGUAUAAUAUACUGUGCCCUAUGGUAUGGAAGCAUAGUGGCAGGUUUUCUCUUCAUUGCUUGUCCACUUCUACCACUAUUAUUAUUGAGUCCACCUAAAUUUCGAAAAUGUGGAGAUCUACUCUUUUCUUGUUGGGAACUAUACCCUACAGCGCUUUUGGAGCUAAUUGGAGUGAAGAUAAUUAUUUCAGGGGAUCAUAUAUGCCCCAAUGAAUCGGCAAUUUUAAUCAUGAAUCAUCGAACAAGAGUUGAUUGGAAUUUUCUCUGGGCUGCUAUGUAUCAAGCUUGCAUGCCCUAUAUUGCAACACAUAAAUUAAAAUUUAUUUUAAAGGAUCCAAUUCGUCAUAUUCCUGGUCCAGGAUGGAUAAUGCAAAUGAACGGUUUCCUUUACAUAACACGACGUUGGGAAGAAGACAAAGGUCGACUAUCACGUACGUUAGAUUAUUUAGUUGCCCUGAAAAGACGUACACAAUUGUUGAUUUUUCCUGAAGGAACAGAUUUUACUGUAAAUAGUAAAGAAAAGUCUGAUAAAUUUGCAAAGAAAAAUGGACUUCCUUUUUAUGAAUAUACUCUUCAUCCAAAAACCACAGGAUUCUCUUACUUAGCCCAACAUCUUCAAAGAUCUGGUUAUUUGGAUGCAAUUUAUGAUUUAACUAUUGGUUACCCUGAUUAUGUACCUCAAUCAGAAGUUGAUUUAAUAACUGGAAAAAUGCCUAGAGAAGUACAUUUUAAUAUCAAGAAAAUUCCAUCAACAGAAGUGCCUGGAGAAGAGAACGAGCUACGAACAUGGUUGGAAACACGGUGGUUACAAAAAGAAGAAAUGUUGAAAAAGUUUGAUAGGAAUAAAACAUUUAAUCCUCAAGAUAAAAUUUGGCCAAUGCCAAGUGGAAUUGCUUUGAGUAUUGCUUUUGGAUUCUGGACACUUUUAACAGGUGUUACAGUAAUAAUGCUCAUCACAUCAUCUCUCUUUCAACUAUGGGCACUUGCUCAUGCUCUCUUGUUUGUAAUAUUAUCGUUCUUCAGCACUGGUUUUAAUCAAGUUGAAAUGAGCUGGUAUUGGAAAUGGAAGAACAUGCCAUUCUGGUCUAAGUCCAGUUAAUGAAACUUCUCCAUUACAAAUUUUACCCUAUUCGGUGUAGUUCUGUGAUAUUGAUAUAAAUAGAUAAGUAAUUUUAAAUUAAACCUAUAGACUUAUGAAGAUAAUCUAAACAAAAAAUCUGCACAUUCCAUCGUAUCAAUCAAAAAUUUUUUUUUGUAGAUUUUUUUUAAUAGAAAAACAAUGAUUGAUUCUGUUGGAUAUUAUUAUUACAUGUGUGUAUAACAUUUUGAAGAUUCCAUUUUGGAUGUUAUAUAUUUAAUAAUUGAUUGUACUUCCCUUUAGUAAUCACUUUACAAAUACAUUAUUCUAAUAAGAUGUAUAUUGGGCAAAAUUAUUAAUUGGCUAAUCUUGAGCAAGUGGUCUUAAAAGAUAGAAAUUUUAAAAAUACAUCUUCCUGAUGAAGUAAUUAAUUAUUAAAUUGUUUUGUAAAUAUUGAGCAGACCAUUUUGACUCAAAUUUGGCUAAUUGUAUAAUAGUGCAAUUUUUUCGUGAAUUAUUAAAUGUAAAUUAUCAUAAUAUUACAGCAAACAUAAGAAACUAUAUCAUGUGUGAGAAAAAAAAAUAUAUUUUUCUGUAUAUCUAAAUACUAUGUUCAUUAUGAAAAAGUGAAUUCACGUGCCAAAAUAUUAAGAUAAUCUCAGUUGCAGAUACUUCCUGUCAUAGGAAGAUUCCAAUGAGAAAUAAAAUAUAUAUAAAUUUAUCUUAUAUUUAUUGUAAAUAAAGAAAAAUCUAUAUCUUUGAGUCAUUUACAAAACUAGUAAUCGUCUUUAUUGAUGUAAAUUUUUUGUGUACCUUAAUUUUCUGUAUAGAUUCUAUAAUCAUGU